UAGAUUUCCUUUAAAGCUUAAAGCAAUUGUGUGUUUUAACCUCACUUCAAGGAUUAUAUUGUCUCAUUCUUUUCUUUUUUCCGUUUCUCUCCUGCUAUUCUUCCAAUGGAAUUUGAAAGUGCUCUUCAGUUUCUUGAUAACAAGUCCAUUUUAGUCACUGGUGCCACUGGGUUUUUGGCAAAGAUUUUUGCGGAGAAAAUACUAAGAGUUCAACCCAAUGUGAAGAAGUUAUAUCUUCUUUUAAGAGCAGCAGACCAUAAAUCUGCCAUUCAGCGUUUGCACCAUGAGAUUAUAGGGAAGGACCUGUUCAAAGUUCUGAAAGAAAAAUGUGGAAAAAAUUUCAUUUCAUUUAUAUCAGAAAAAAUUACUCUAAUCCCUGGAGACAUCUCCCAAGAGGAUUUGGGUGUGAAAGAUUCUAAUUUGGUAGAAGAGAUGUGGAAGGAAGUGGAUGUUGUGGUUAACCUUGCCGCAACAACCAACUUUGAUGAAAGAUAUGAUGUUGCACUUGGCCUGAACACAUUGGGAGCCAAAUAUGUUGCAAACUUUGCCAACAAAUGUGUCAAACUAAAAGUUUUGCUUCAUGUAUCCACAGCUUACGUGUCAGGGGAAAGGUCGGGACUCAUACUGGAAAAUUCAUACCGCAUGGGAGAAACACUUAACGGUGUAUCUGGCUUAGACAUUAACAUUGAGAAGAAAGUCAUAGAGGAAAAAUUAAAUGAACUAAGAUUGCAAGGAGCUUCCGAGAAGGAAACUACUCAAGCCAUGAAAGAUUUGGGCAUUGCGAGGGCAAGGUUUUAUGGAUGGCCAAACACAUAUGUAUUUACAAAGGCAAUGGGAGAAAUGUUGGUGGGGGUUUUCAAAGAAAAUAUGCCGGCAGUCAUCAUACGGCCUACCAUCAUAACUAGCACUUACAAAGAGCCAUUCCCUGGUUGGACUGAAGGAGUCAGAACCAUCGAUAGCCUUUUAGUUGGUUAUGCUAAAGGAAAAUUGACAAUCUUCCUCGCAGAUUUGGAGUCAGUUGUUGAUCUGAUACCAGCUGACAUGGUGGUGAAUGCCAUGAUUGUAGCCAUGAUAGCUCAUGCAUCACACCAACCAUCCGAGGCCAUCUAUCAGGUUGGUUCAUCAAUGAGAAACCCUAUGAAAUAUCGCAAUCUUCAUGACUUUGGCUUCCGUUACUUCAGCAAGAAACCUUUGAUCAACAAGGAUGGAAAGCCUGUUAUAGUUGGCAAACUUAGAGUUAUGGACAGCAUGGCUAGCUUCCACAGAUAUAUGGCACUUCGAUACUUGCUGCUUUUGAAGGGAUUGGAAUUGGCAAAUACAGCAUUUUGCCAAUUCUUUCAAGGUGUUUACAGCGAUCUAAACAGGAAGAUCAGCUUUGUUAUGCGAUUGGCAGACAUUUAUAAACCAUACUUGUUCUUCGAUGCCAUCUUUGAUGAUAUAAACACCGAGAAGUUGCGAAUGGCAGCAAGAUCAAGCCUGGUGGAGAGCGAUAUGUUCUACCUCGACCCCAAAUGCAUCGAUUGGGAAGAUUACUUCAUGAACAUUCAUAUUCCCGGCAUCGUAAAAUACAUUUUCAAAUGAUAUAAAAAACCAGCGAAUGUUAAUUCUAUAUAGGGUUGUCUUUCCUCAAAUCAUGCUUUAGUUUGGCGUCAUUUGUUAUUAAAGACAGCAUGAAAUUAUAUAUAGCUGUCAACAAAAGUGUUAAAAGAAUAUCAUCAAAGUGUAUUUAUCGUAGUGUCUUUCAAAUAAAUAUUGUCUUCAUGAAUAUCAUCAAAGUGUUAAAAAGACAUCAUCAAAUUAUAUAUGUUCAAGUUUGUGGAAUAAGAAGUGGAAAGAGAAUUGUCUCUAUGUUCAUUUAUA